AUGUGGAGGAUCAAUGUGAUUUUAACCUCUCAUUUGAGCUUUACAAAUCUGAAGUGUGAAAUGAUCGACAGAACGUUUGGAAAUUUUGAAAUGUGCCGCAUCAAGGCGGUAAAUCGGACACAUAAAUAUAUAGAUAUUAAUUUGAAGUUGUAUAUACUUCCCAUCAAUAAUAUAAUGAUUAAAUUAGAUUCGAAGCGAUAUACCAAUGGAUACCGCCCAUUUUUUAUGUCGUUGACUUUCGAUUUUUGUAAGUACUUGAAGAAUCCAAACCAGCGAUCGAUGAUUUUUUUAAAAGAAAUUCACUCAACCUUCAUCAAUGCCUCAAACUUAAAUCAUACCUGCCCUUAUAAUAAUGAUAUAACGGUUAACAAGUUUUGGACUGGCAACCUGGAAAGGGCAUUCUUGCGAUAUCUUCCCGUACCCAACGGAGAUUAUGCCAUUUUUUCGACAUGGUAUUCUUCGAAUGUUCCUCGUCUGUUGGUCAACACGUUCUUUCAAAUAAAAAACUGAUGAAAGAAUAUAAAAAAUUUAAAACAAAGUAUCACGAACGUUGCAAAAUGGUGUGUAACCACAAAAUAAAUGUUGGGCAAACAUUUUAUGUUAGUUUCUAUAUGCAGCACAUACACAGAUAAGACAUCAAUACCUAUUGGAUUAAUUAUCUUUUCCAUUGAUAAUGCACCUGGUCAUUAUAUUUAAAAUAACAUUUGUUUCAAGCAUUAAACACUAUAUGUAGUUAGCUUAUAAUUCAACUGUGACGGAGUGUAUGGAAAAAUGAUUGUAUUGAUUCUUUGG